AUGAAUAAUGGUGGCUUCGAUGCUCUCUUUCAGGCAAUCGAGCAUGUAGAGACUCAAGCUCAGGAUUCUGAUGGCAAUGUUGCCGCACAAGCCUCUCUCCAAGGACGUUUUCAGAUUUCUUCCCGCCAAACCACUCCUCCUCCUCCCAUCACUCGCAAUAAACGUCCAGCCUCUGAAUCACCUCAAAAGCCACUUCCAAAACGCGGUGGAGGCCGUGGACGUGGGGCUGCCACCCAUUCCAAAACUUCGACUACUGUAGGCACCAAAACACUGAAAGCAAAAGCAGUGAUCCCGACUGAUCCACCAAAUGACGACGUGUUCACCAGCAUACAAUGGACUACUGCUGAACAAACCUCCUUGUUCACACAUCUAUUCAGUUCAGACAGUGAUGAUAUCCAUAUGAAAUGGUUGAAGAAUAAGGAUCGUGUGUAUAAGAAGUAUCUUGAGGCCAAUCCUUUGGUUGCUGAAAGGUUUACGAUCAGCUCAGUUGCCAACAAGGUGACUGCAAGCAUUUCGAUGUACUCAUACAUUAGGGAGUAUGAGGAAUUCACAGGUGGUGGCGGGGAUGCUGACCUUCAGUCCAUGGUUCCUGAGUCAGAUGAAUGGCACAAGCAACGGCUUAUUCUGGCUAAGCGAGGCAGGAAAUCUAUUGGUUCGCUCACUGUUAAAAAGUAUCGUGACUGGAAGGAUAAUGGUUGGUAUGAUAGAUUUGAAGAGCGGUUUGGUAAAAGCUCAAAGGUGGAUCGCCCUACUGUUCGCAACUCUGUCGCACCAAUAUCACCAAUCAUUGAUGAUGAUGAUGAUAUUGACAACAUCCACUGGCCACCUACACCUGGUCGUGAAUCUCCUGCCGAAAGUAUUCAUUCAGAUAGUGAGAUUGAGAGGUCGGUUGCACUGACAACACCCACACCGAAGGCUGGAACAUCCUGUUCAACUCUGGCUUCACAGGUUGUAUCUGAGCCACGCUACCAGGCCCUAGCAACAACAAAAUCAUCAGCAAAGAAAAAAAGCUCCCUUGCCUCAGUGGACACCUUCGGAGCAAUCAAUACUUUUUUUGAAUCGAAGGCAAAGUUGACCCAAGAGCAGUUGAGGAGAUCCAAGACCGAGAGUGCAACCAGCGUGCAGAGCCAGCAGUUGCAGGAACUCCGAACCAUUCUGAAUUCUAAUAUUGACGAACUCACUCGUGAGAUUGUCAAUGAGAAGAUUCGUAAAAUUAUUAGUAACUAUUAG